CUCAGAGGUCUCCAGCGUCUCACAGACUCCCACCUGGCAGCCACCAGCGGCAUAGCCUUACUAGCUCUAGUUAUUAGCACAAACUAGUAAUAGCCGGCAGCACAACGACUUGCUGGGCUCGCGAGCAGUCCCUGCCUGUCCCGCUUGCCUAUCGUGUGCAUCUCGCUCGCUUUCAAGCUUAUUCUAUAGGAACAUGGACUCCGCGAAACAAACCGAGCCGGCUCCACCGCUCCGCCGCUCUCAGCGGUUUGCAAAGCGUGCUGAAACAAGCAAGACAGUUUCCUCGUCUCAGGACUGGGCAGGCCCGGAGCAGCCCCCCGCUGCGCAUCCUGAGCCUUGCCCGGUCCUGGUGCCCCAGAGCAGCGUCUUGGAUGUGACCGCCCUGGCCGACACCGAGGGAUUCUCAGGCUCUAACCUUCACGCGGGGCUGUGGUCAAGACUGCCUGACGAGCUCGUGGACAACAUCCUGAACCUGUGCACCACGCACCAGCUCGGCAUGUUGGAGACUAGCUGCACGUACUUCCGCCGCUCCAGUUUCAUCGAGCGCAUCGCCAAGCAGCGCCUCAAGGCUGUCCCCCGCGCACGCGGACUGAAGCCGAACCGCAAGGAGGGCGAGCACACGCUAUCGCUGCUGCAUUAUGUCAACAGCCAGAGUGUUGCGGCGGCGCAGGCCACGGCGGUGUCGUGCGGUGCUUACCACACCGCCGCGCUCCUGGUCCCCGCUGAGCUCGCGGACGACACGAGCGCCAACACGAGCCGCGACUGCAAGCACUCGCUGUACACUUUUGGCCGCGGAUUCCACGGGCAGCUCGGGGUGGGCAACCACGAGAAUAGCUCUGUUCCACGGCUGGCAUCGCUUGGAUUCCGCGUCUGCACGGACAACCCGGACACGGAAGAGGAGACCAUGCCGGCAGUAGUUGCGUGCGGCAGCAGCCACACCGCGUCUAUCAGCAGGCGCGGCGAGCUCUUCAUGUGGGGCCUCGGCAGCAGCGGCGAGCUGGGUCUGGGGCAGUGGUCGCCGCUGGAGCUAGCAGUUCCGCGACAGUGCCUUGUGUCAACCCGCAUCGUCUCCAUCGCUGCGGGGGCGAACCACACGCUGGCGAUUGCGGAGACCGGAGCGCUGUGGAGCUGUGGACGCGGGCGCGAUGGCCAGCUCGGCCUAGGCACCAACAUGGACCAUCCUCGGCUGACGCGGAUCCCGACCCUAGAGGGCGUGCGUGUAGUGUCCGCAAGCGCGGGCGUGACCCACUCAAUGGCGCUGGCGGCUGACGGAUCGCUGUUCACCUGGGGCAACGGGCAACACGGCCAGCUGGGCCACAAGAGCCUGGAGGGCACGGGCGUGACGACCAUUAUGACGCCGCGCAAGAUCGCUGAGCUGGACCCAGCACCGCUGACGCCGGAUGCCCGCGUGACCGCCAUCGCCGCUGGGGCUUACCACUCCAUGGCGCUGACGGUCGGUGGCGCGCUGUUGGCUUUUGGCCGCAAUGACCAGGGCGCUCUGGGCACGGGCGACAAGGUCAACCGUUGGUCGCCCACCCGCGUGAACCUGCACGGCGAGGACGCCGACGACGGCAAGUGCCGCCGCGCCGUCCAGGUAUCCUGCGGCGCCUCCCACACGCUGGUGCUCGUCCUGAACAACGGUCGCAUGGAGGUCCGCACGACCGGCGCCAACGCGUGGGGCCAGCUGGGUCAGGGCGACCGCAAGGAGCGCUGCCGUCUGGCGCGCACUGUCACCCCGAUGCCGGGUGUCGUGGCCGUGCAGUGCGGUGACGAGCACUCCGCCGCCAUCACCGGCCGCGGCGUCCUGUUCAUGUGGGGCCGCGGUGAUAGUGGCCAGCUGGGGUUGGGCGACGACAAGGCGAAGUGGAAGCCCACCGCGCUCAAGGCCUUCAAGGUGGUGCACCCCGAGAAGACCUUGCGCCGGAGCAAGCGUAGCCUGCCCGUGGUGCGGCCAGUUGAGCCGGAGGUCAAGCGCCAGCGCAUGGCGGAUGUGUGGCAUUACAUGUAGCUUGUGUCGUGCCCGAAGUAUUGUAGAAAGGGUCGUUUGCCGUGAUCAAAGGCCGUGGCUACAGUUUUGACUAGCGAGUGUUGUCGAGCCUAGAAGCAGUGAAAGUGACUACCUGAGUUAACCACACUGAUUGGACUUGCUGAUGCUAAUACGACUGUGCUGAUGCUAGUACGACUAUCUGACCCGCUAUGCCUGAACUUGACCUGAGAAUGCAACAUGACAAAUACUGACGUGGAGAGUGUGCACGUAUGCAUGUUGCAAGCAUUGCAUGGAAAAGAAGCACCAAUAGGUCUAGAUGAAUGCUGCUAGGAGAAGAAGAGCCCCCGCAUCACCCAGUGAAUGCGCAUGGGCGCUGGAUUGCGGUGUGUGACGCUGAGGCGCUGAUGCAGGGGCCAGACAACUGGACCAGGCACAACGGGACUACGGGAGCGCCUGUGGACCCCAAACAUAACGGGGUAGAAGCGCCUGAGGCCUUGGCUGAUGCGAAGGGACAAUAGGCCACGCGAGUACGGAACGGUACGCUCGGCCAUAUCAGGAGGCCAUGCUUUCCUGUAAGUGCCGUCCUUG